UACUCUUGUUGCAUAAACCUAUAUAAACGACACGAAUAUGAGAAUCCUAGGGUUUCAGAGGAUUUACUAGGGUUUUUCUGCUCUCUUGUUGCUCAGUUGCCCUAGAAAGCUUCAUCACCGUCGACAAUGGCGGUCGGGAAGAACAAGAGGAUUUCGAAAGGGAAAAAGGGAGGAAAGAAGAAAGCGGUAGAUCCUUUUGCAAAGAAGGACUGGUAUGAUAUUAAAGCUCCAUCAAUCUUCAACGUGCGGAACGUUGGCAAGACCCUCGUCACUCGGACGCAGGGCACUAAGAUUGCUUCUGAAGGUCUCAAACACCGUGUAUUUGAGUGUUCCUUAGCUGACCUUCAGGCUGAUGAGGAUCAGUCCUACAGGAAGAUCCGGCUGAGAGCGGAGGACAUCCAAGGAAGAAAUGUCCUAACAAACUUCUGGGGAAUGGAUUUUACAACCGACAAAUUAAGGUCAUUGGUCCGUAAGUGGCAGACCUUGAUUGAGGCACAUGUGGAUGUGAAGACAACGGAUAACUACACUCUGAGAAUGUUUUGCAUUGGAUUCACCAAGAGGCGCCCUAACCAAGUUAAGCGGACCUGCUAUGCACAAUCUAGCCAAAUUAGACAGAUUCGCAGGAAGAUGAGGGAAAUAAUGGUCAACCAAGCAACAUCUUGUGAUCUGAAAGAGCUGGUGCAGAAGUUCAUCCCUGAGGUGAUAGGAAAGGAGAUUGAGAAGGCAACAUCCAGUAUUUAUCCUCUCCAGAAUGUCUUCAUUCGGAAAGUCAAGAUUCUAAAGGCUCCCAAAUUUGAUCUUGGCAAGCUGAUGGAGGUUCACGGCGACUACUCUGAAGACGUUGGAGUGAAGGUGGAAAGGCCUGCUGACGAAGCAGUGGCUGAGGGGGAUACUGAGGUUGUUGGGGCCUGAUCGUGAAGCGAUCUCAUUAAUCUUUCAAUUUUCCUUGGAGAGUUUUAGUGUUUUGUAACUUCUCUACCAUUGAUAGAGAGUUCAGCAAAAUAUGACAAUUAGUAUUUUGGAUUAGAUCAUGAACUGGUUUUGGCAUUUGUUUUGCUAAAGCUUGUUUUUUCUCCUACAAAAAUUCAUAGUGGGGAACUGUGCCUCAGAUAUUUUUGAAAGAUGCUGAAGUCAGUAGUCAAAUCAAAUAUGUGAUUCUUACCCUGUUCCAUACUCCCACAAACCUAGGAACGUUUGUGGAUGGAGCAAACAUCAGAUGGAUAAGAUUAAUCAAUGGAAUAUUUGCUUGGGACC